AUGGCAGCUCCUAAGAAAUGUGUGCUGAUAACAAGCAAAUCAGCAUCCCUUCACAACGAUAUUUUGGGUGGUUACAUUGAUGACUACGUCGGGCUUAUUGAAAAACAGUAUGAUAUCCUUUGGUGGGACGACUUUCUAAAGAAUCCAGAGCUAGGUUUGAAGGUAGAAGGUGCUUUGAUCGGACCAGGUGUACGUCAAAUGAGGUUACCCGAAAAUUUGGACAAAUUCCCCAAUCUGAAAGUGGCUGCAAAUUUUGGAGUGGGCACAGACCACGUCAACGUUAAGUUGUACAACUCUAGAGGAAUAAAGAUUAGCAAUACGCCAAAUGUUCUCAACAAUGCCGUUGCUGAUCACGCCAUGGGACUGAUGCUAGCAGCAGCCAGAAAUACUGUUGAAGGACAUAAGAUGGCAACUGACCCCAACUGUACAAAGUGGCCAAAUGAUACCAACCUGGGGGUGGAUGUGUCAGAGAGUACAUUAGGAAUUGUGGGUAUGGGAAAGAUCGGCAUGAAGGUGGCACAAAGGGCUAAGGCUUUUGACAUGAAAAUUCUGUAUCAUAACAGAACUAAGAGAUCUGAUGAAGAGGAGAAAAGUCUGUCUGCCUUGUUUUGCCCCAAACUACACAAUCUGUUGGCAGAAAGUGACUUUGUUGUGAUCACAUGCCCCCACACUCCCGACACAGAUGGCCUGUUUGGAGAUGCAGAGUUUGACGCAAUGAAGAAAACUGCAAUUUUGGUCAAUGUAGCAAGGGGUAAAAUUGUCAACCAGGAUGCUCUUGUCUGUGCUUUAACAUCGGGUAAAAUAUACAAGGCUGCUUUAGAUGUGACUUACCCGGAGCCUCUACCUCGUGAUCACAAACUGCUCACACUGCCUAAUGUCAUCUUUACACCUCACGUGGCCUCUGCCACACUGCGGACUCGACUCAAGAUGAUCAGCUGUAUGCUGGAGAAUAUCACAGCUGGCAUUGCUGGUCUCCCACUACCAAAUGAAGUCCAUGCCAAAGAAUAACCUCUCAGCUGUGCUGAUUUUGUGGAUGUGGCCACAUUAUAAAACAAACCUAAAAAAGUAGCACCCCUUUGGAGAAAGUGGUGAGACCCAUAUUGUCCAUGGGAUGUAAUAAACUUGGUUUUCAGGUACAGACUUUAUUUGCCCUGCUUUUUUUCCAGAAUGUAUGUUCUGUCCACUCAGUCUGAGCUCUUACGCUUCGAAAAGAUGAUAAAAUAUAUUCCAUAAGACUUUGCUCUAAUUCCAGAAGCUGCAAUUCAGGUCAGCCUCAGUAUUACCAUUAUGUAACAGAGCAACAUAGGUCUUAACCACUUCUCCAAAGGGGUGUUUUUUUUCAGGCUUGUUGAAAAUACAUUGUGUUGUGCAUAACAGGUGAUAACUGGAUAUAACACAUCCUGCGAAAGAUUUAAUUAAAUUUCAUCGGGUGCAAAAGAAAAGUAAAUUUGUUGAAUGACUUUCACAUGUCAUUGAUCAAAUGUAAAGCUAAUGCUGUAGAGUUGACCAGUGGUGUUUUUGAUGGAGCAAGCAUGAUUAAUGGUGUUUUUCAUGGUGACCUACAUGUAACAUUCAGUUUUCCACGGGAUGAAAACCACAAUUUACUUAAUACAUACUUUUAUUAUUGACUUUCUUAUUAUAUUACCAUACCAGCAUCUACAUGUAUAUUGAAUAUAACCAGUGAUGCAAUGUAAAGACAGUUAUAACCAAAGAGGUACUCCAACAGGAAAUACUCAGAGAGAAGUUGUGCUUUCAAGGCAGUUGAUUCUUUGUACUUUUUUAAGUAAUUUCUUUUUCUGAACUAUAGGCAGAAUAUGUAACCUGCUUAAGCACCAUUUUCACCAAUUAUUGACUAAGACCACCUCUUCAGGACAUGGACACAUACUGUUAUUUGAGCGCUGAUAAUGUAAAAAUCCCAACAUUCCAUUUGCCGUGAUCCAUUUUACAGGGGAUAUUUUGUUAUUUUUGAAAACUAUGGUUACAUAGUUUUAUGCCUCUGUUGGGGGUUUACAUAUUUACAUAUCCAUAAACAGUUGUAUAUCCCAAAGUUUGUUAAUAUUAUGGGAAUUUUAUAUGAAUGCAUUGGUGCAAUGCACAGGUUAUAUUAGCCAGUUAUUAUUUUUAUCUCUUUGUUUUGAAAGUAAUUAGAUCAAUAUUUAUCAUUUUACACAUGAUUGUUUAUUUUAACCAAGUUAUUUCUUUAUUUUACUAGUACUUUCCUACUUCUGAAUAAGAGAUAAUAUAUUUCGUGCUCUGACUUACAAAUCCACUAGUCUGCCAGUCACACAUGACUCUUUGGAUCUGGCGGCACUCACCAAACAUUUUAAGUCGUUUUACAAGUUUACAUAUUACAGAAGUGUACCUUUUGCUACUUCACUGUAAACGUAAUUCAGUGGUAUUUUAUCAAAGAAAUCUACAGAAAUUGGUGCUAUUAACUCAAACUAUGCCAUUACCAGAUCAAGCAUGAGGUUUUUCCUUUUGUAAGAGGAAUUUGACUGUUUUUUUAAUCCACAGAAAAAAAAAAAAAAAUUCAACUUGGCUUAAAAUGCUAAAAUGUCCGGUAAACUAGCAUGCCUGCAAAAUGUUGUUUCAGUAAUGUUAAUGACAUGGUUUCACUUCUGUCAGCAUAAUCAGUAAUCUGUUGGAUACAGUAAAGUGAAGUGAAAUGUGUUUGCAUGGUUAUUGUUGUUAUGACCACUGCAAUAACAGGUAUUAAAUGUGUAGACCAAAGAAUGUCUUGCUUUUAAAUUUGUAUUAUUUUUCUUGUAUACAGUUGGCAAGUUUUUCAGUUCUAGUCUUCAUAUGGUUGUAUACACUUGUCAACAAAUUAGUAAUUUUAGUACUAGUAAUAUUUUUUUGAGUGUAUAAAUACUAUUAGCAGGAGAGUACCAUGAAAGGCAUUGAUGGUGACAUCUUUUUAUUUUUUAUUUUGUGACAAUGAUGUAUGGGUGCUUCAAAGGACUAUGAAAUAAUAUCCAGUCAGCAUGUAGAAAACUUCAAAUAUCAUCCAGAGCUUGUUAUUGUCUCUUAUUGAAGUUGUUAUUUUUGUUUACCAAAGAAAAAAAUAUAUAUAUCAGAACUCACUUGAUCUGUUUGUCAUUGGCUUUCAAGCAUAUAAUAAAUACAUACAUAUAGUAAGCUCAACAGGUCUGUGCACAAAACCUGGUUCUGGCAGUACGACAUGCAUUUUGCAAGAUUCUAGCACAUAAAGAAUGGCAGGAUUCCUCUCACCAUAAUGCUGGUUGCCGUCGUAUAAGUAAAAUAUUUUUGAAAACGGUGUAAAAUAAUCAAAUAAAUAAACAAAAACAAAGUAAAGAGGUUUCAAAAUACAGUAUGAAGCACUGUUGAUGUUACAAACAAGUAACCAGUAUGGCAUCGUGAUGUCAUCAUUGCACGUUGCCAUGGUAAUGAAGCCUGCUCAGUAAUCCUAAACUAUCUUCAGUCCAACUGAAUCCUUGAAAUGCAUCAUUCCGUAUGGUUGUUAUGAUUGGAGUUUGGUAGCCAUUGUCUUCUUGCCACUAUCCAUCAGUUUUAAGGAAGUCAGCUUUUCUUAGCCUGAAUGAGUGCUGCACAUUUCUAUGUUUAUAUAGCCUUCAAACAUAUUGAUCAGAGCUUGGUCUACUGACGUGAUUGAGAGACCCUAUGGGAAAUGAUAUUUUCUCAACAUGGUAAUUUUUCUGAGCAAAUGCAGACAAAAAUAGUGCAGCAACAUUCUGUGUGCUGCUAUUAAGUAGGGCCUAAAUAAUAUUAGGUAGAUACAUGAAA